CUUAUUAGUAUUAUCUAUUCCUACUAUCACUAGCCACCUUAUAUCGACUUCAUUAACUCCUUCCAAGUUUCUGGCCUCAAUUGUUGGCUCCUAGGACAUUUCCCGCCCAAGCAACACGCUCAACCAGAAUUACAUCAUUCUCUGCAGCAGUUAGUUAGCUGGUGACAUAGCAGCCAGAUCCCCGCAUCCCCGGCUUCGUCUUGUGCGAAGUGCUCCGAGGCCCUUCUCCUUCCCCCUCUUCUUCUGUCCUCUUUUAUAACCCUCGCUUUUCGCUAUUGCUCUCCAAAUGAACAAACUACUUCGUCCCCUUUACAAUAACCCGAGGUCAAGCUACCCUUUCACGAUACCUGUGGUUUCUCCCGUCAGGAGGCUAGCAACUAUGCACACUGUGCCACAGUUGAAGGAUAAAUCUCUGUUUAUCGAGAAAUGCUACGUCAAUGGGAAAUGGGUUGGGGCUCAGUCUGGGCAGACUUUUGAAGUACAUGAUCCAUCCACGGGGAAACUCAUUGGGACAUGCCCCGAGUUCUCAGUCCAGGAUACCCAGAAAGCCAUCCAUGCCGCCGUCGCCGCUUUCCCAUCUUUCCGAAAAACUUUGGCCCGCGAGAGAGCUCGGAUGCUUCGAAGAUGGUACCAAUUAAUGAUGGACAACGCGGAUGAUAUAGCGACACUAAUCACCUGGGAGAACGGGAAACCCAUUGCAGACGCCAAGGGAGAGACGAACUACGCUGCCAGUUUCUUCGAGUGGUUCAGUGAGGAGGCCCCACGCAUUUGUGGUGAUACUAUCCCAUCAUCCGUUCCCGGAAACAGGAUUAUGACUAUGAAGGAACCCGUUGGCGUUUGUGGGUUUAUCACGCCCUGGAACUUCCCCGCCGCUAUGAUUACGAGAAAAAUCGGCCCUGCUCUUGCGGCUGGUUGUACCGUCGUAGCCAAAUCCCCGGGCGAGACCCCGUUUACCGCCAAUGCGAUCGCAGAAUUGGCUCAUCGUGCUGGAAUCCCCAAGGGUGUCGUCAAUAUUGUCACCGCCGAUAAGAACACGCCUGAAAUCGGCCUCUGCCUCACCACGCAUCCGGAGAUCCGCAAAGUUUCAUUUACAGGAUCCACGAACGUCGGAAAACUCCUCAUGAAGCAAUCCUCGUCAACUCUAAAGAAACUAUCCUUUGAGCUUGGCGGGAAUGCCCCAUUCAUCGUCUUCGAUGAUUGCCCAGACCUCGACGCAGCCGUCGCCGGCGCCAUUGCAUCUAAAUUCCGCAGCUCUGGGCAAACUUGCGUCUGUGCUAAUCGCAUCUACGUGCAAAAGGGUAUCUACGACGAGUUCGCAGCUAAGUUCGCCGAGAAGGUUAAGGGGUUCAAGCUCGGCCACGGAUUCUCCGAGGGCGUCACGCACGGUCCCGUUAUCCACUCCCGCGCCGUCGACAAAGUGUCAGAGCAUGUCCUCGACGCUACUGCUCAAGGCGCAACGGUUGUUGUAGGUGGUCAGAAGGCGCCUGAUCUCGGCUCAAAUUUCUUCCACCCCACUGUUCUCACGGGGAUGACCAAGGAUAUGAAAUUGGCAUCUGAAGAAACAUUCGGGCCUGUGGCAGGUCUCUUCGCGUUUGAGACUGAGAAGGAGGUCGUCGACCUUGCCAAUAGAGCUGAGGUCGGGUUGGCUGGGUACUUCUAUAGUAAGGAUGUGGCACGGAUUUUCCGUGUUGCGGAGGCGCUGGAGGUCGGCAUGGUUGGAGUGAACACGGGUAUUAUUAGCGAUACCGCUGCUCCAUUUGGUGGUAUCAAGCAGAGCGGGUUCGGUCGCGAAGGCAGUAAGUACGGCGUAGAUGAAUUCCUAACCGUCAAGACCGUCACAUUCGGCAGUGUUGGAGGACCCCUUCAGGAAUAAUUGUCUUGAUAAUCCUAUUUGCAUUGUUCGAUUAAAAUUUUAAGGAUAUUUAAUUGUUUUUUUCUUUAUUUUUUCCUCCGCCUUUGUAUCCACUUGUUUUUCCUGAGACGUAGAAUGAUAAAUAGUACACUAGUUAUUGGAUUUUAAACAUAUAAGAAUGCAUACUCGUCACUUAGCUUAUGUAUAAGGCUCUCUGAAGUACAUACGAAUGAUUGGAUGACACGGCUUGAGUUG